UAUUUUUGUUCCCGUAGAGAAUGACAUUACACCUCAAGAGACUUUUAGUGUCAAAAUAACAGAAUGUACACGCAAUUUGGCACACCAGAAUCCAAAGUUUUCUACCGAUCAAGAGGUACGAUACCUAUCACGAGAUCUUCAACUCCAUAUUAGUUCAAGAUUAUGCAUUUGAGAUUAUUUUUCAAACAAUUUGGUGAAUAUAUGGACAUAUUAACAUAUUAGGUUCAAGUAUUGGCUUAUUAUAAAAGUACAAACUUUUUCAAAACGAAAAUAAAUUUUGUAAAUUUGUGCUUUUCCUUUAUCAUUUAAUUUCACAGGAAAGGAAAUGGUCAGCUCAAUGGAGAUUCAAUUUAUUAAGUUUUUAUCGCGCAUAUACUACUAGCCCUCACGCAAACACGAAACGCAUGUGCGAUUGCUUUUGUGUUUGGGAGCAAACUCGAAUAUCGAUUUAACGGUCAAUCUCGAAUACUGCGGCCUGCACGAUAAAAAAAUUUUAAUAAUGAAAAAUGCACAAUGUAGGCUGCAUGUGCCUAGCAAUUUAUUUAUGCAUUUUUGUUCAAACUUAAAAGAUUAUUGAUUGUGAAAGAAAAUAUUUAUAAUAUUUUGUACUGUUAAUCUCAUAAUCGAAUUUGUUCAUAGACUCUAAAACAACGAUUUUGACUGUUAAACCGAUAUUCGAGUUUGCUCCUAAGCACAAAAGUAAUUGCGCACCCGUAAAGCCAUCGCAUGCGUGAGGGCUAGUUAUUAUUAUUUGGUGAAUAGUAAAGUUUCAUUGAACAUCAAAGUAAUGUACAUGGAGUGAAAUGCCUGAAGAGGCAUCCGAGACAGAGAGAUACCUGAAGAGACAUACCAAACAGACAGAGAGGUGCUUGAAAAUGCAUCCCGAACACUAAAAUAGUUGCCUAAAGAGGCACACAAGACAACCCGCGGAUCGAGAUCGGAUGGGGAUGUGAGCGGUGGAGAGAUGGCUGAAGGCUGUGGCGGAGGCAGAAGAGGAGUAGGUGGUGAUAGAUGGGGCGGUGACACAGCAGGCUGGUGGUCUAGCAGAAGACGAUGACUGGGAGGAGUCGCGGUGGAGCUGUGACUAGAGGUAGCAAUGAGGAGAUGGCGAGGACAGAGAGAGGAAGAGAGAUUGAUAAGGGGCGCGCUGCCGAAGGCGCCCGGCAGAAGCCGAACACGCCGGCAGCGGCGGCGGAUCUAGGAGUGUAGCUAUGGCUUCAGAGGAAAGAGAGUCGAAGUGGCUGCUUUGCUCUCAGGAUGGGGAAAGAACAUAAUGGUUUAUUAUUUUGGAAACUCAGUGGUGAGCUCUUCUUCCUCCUUUUCUUGUUGGAGCUGAGCAAAGCUUCCCUGCUCUGCAAAUGAGAUGAAAGCUCUCCGUGCAACCGCCGUCCCCAUCUCCCUUUCUUCCUUCUCCUCACACCCUCCUCCGCUCUCCCACUUCCAUUUCCACCGCCUCCUCCCGGGACCUCGCCGUUUCUCCUCAAUCACCUGCUCUUUCGCGCGCCGCCGCCCUCGGCGAUCCCGGAGGCUCGGCAGGAACAGCUCCAGCCCCGGCACCAGCACCUUCGAGGCCAGGCCCUCUAAGACCGAACCAUCCUCCGAUGUAGAAAGCCUCAAACUUACCAUUGAUCUCAACCACUGGACCCACCGAGUGAAGCCCAAACUCGACCAGUUCGUUUGCAGCGGGAGAGAGGCUUACGGGGACCUGCGAACCCUGAUAACCCUCGAUGAGAACCGGAGAGUGCUCAUUUCCUGCCGCAGGUCGACGGUGGAGUUCGUGGGAGGGCUGGUGGUUGUGAGCUUUGUCAUGGUUUCCGUGUUCAGGGUUUUAGUGAAGUUAUGUGUAGGGUUGGGGUCCAGAUUGAGAUUCAAUAACGGGAAGACCGAAGUGGUGGUGAGGAGGGAUAGGAGUUUGGGAGGGAGGGAGGUCGUGGUUGGGACGAGGCAGGAGUUGGAGAAAUUUAGGGCCUUGGAUAGUCCGCUGGCGCCGGGGAGGGGAAAUUUGGAUAGGGUUUCACAGGGACGGAAGCAGAACUUCGGGGUUCGGUUCCAGAACGAGUUGCCAGAAUGGUGGCCUAGCUCUUUGCCUGGUCCGGACCCGGAGGUGGAUAGGGAGGAGUAUCAGAGGGAUGCCAAUAGAUUGAUUAGAGCAAUCGUGGACAACAGAUUGCAUGGGAAGGACAUUGCUGAGACUGACAUAAUUCAACUACGCCGAAUAUGCAGGACAUCUGGGAUCCAUGUCUCAUUUGGCACUACCAACACCCGAGAUUACUUUUAUCGCACAUCUGUUGACUUUGUUCUAAAUGUUUGCAGUCGUCCUUCAGGUCAAUCCAUGCCUGUUCAGAUUGAUGGGGAAGAUGUUCGGGUGUUCGUUGCGGGUCUUGCUGGGAACAUAGGGCUUGAGAAUAUUCGUGCUGCAAGAAUUGUGUCUGCUGCUGUUGCUGCACGGACAAGAUCCACUUUUCUACAGGCCUGGGCUCUGGAAAUGCAAGGUGAGCAUGCCGGAUCACUGGAAGAGCUGUCGAAGAUAUGGUUCAUUCACAGAAUAUUCCCUCCCAAGGAGAACUCUCCUGAAAUGGAGAUGGUGGCCUUGGGACUGAGGAAACAGCUGAGACAGGAACAUCGAGAGUUUCUUAUGAACAUGCUUGUUGGGGUUUGCUGUGAAGAGAGCCCUAGAAGCCUAGCAGAAGCUCUAGGCCUGGCCCUUCCCCCUCAGGCUGUUGCUGCUGAUCAUGAAGGAAGUUUGACAUGAUAUUGAUAAACUUUCACCAUUUCGGAGUAUAAUCAUUAUUCCCCUCGAAAUGGGGUUUUAGUCUCGCUCACAUUUACUGAAUAGGGUAAAGCUUUCAUGUACCAAUUAACCUAUCAAUGUAACAUUCAUUACUUGGGGACUCUACAAUCCGAGAAAGAAGGGAGAAACGAAAAUUGAA